UGAUUGUGAAUAUUCAAUACAUCAGAAAGUCCUACGCUUCUUCUCCAAUUUAUGUUCCUCUAUCCUCUGAUUUUCUACAGAGGAGGCUGAGGGUGACAAAAAGAAAAAGGACAAGAAGAAGAAGAAAGGUGAGAAGGAGGAGAAAGAAAAGGACAAGAAAAAGGGUCCCAGCAAAGCAACAGUGAAAGCAAUGCAAGAGGCCCUGGCCAGAAUGAAGGAGGAGGAGGAACAAGCCAAAAGAGAAGAGGAGGAGAGACAGCGACGGCUGGAGGAGCUGGAGGCUCAGAGACAGGAGCAGGAGCGUCUAGAGGCCGAGAGGAAAGAGAAGAAGAAACAAAAGGACAAGGAGAGAAAAGAAAGGCUAAAGAAGGAGGGAAAGCUCCUUACCAAGGCCCAGAAAGAGGCUCGAGCCAGAGCAGAAGCCACGCUGCGAGUGCUGCAGGCUCAGGGUGUUGAAGUGCCAUCCAAAGACGGAAUGCCAAAGAAGAAGCCGGUUUACUCUGAUAAGAGAAAAAAGAAGCCAACAGCACAAACUCCUGAAGGUUAGAUCCCGACUAAUCCGAUACCCGUUUCUUUCUCUGUGU